AAGCCCAGCUCUCUCCAUUAGCUUGAUAAGUGAUGAUACUAUGAUACUACAACGAGUAAUAGAUUGUGGGCUCAAACUAUGGAUUUGUGUUUCAAUAAUGUUUGUAGGGGAGGGUGUGUGCUUGUGAUUAGCUGGGGAAUGAGAUUCCCUUUGGAUUAACACACAUGAUAGAACUGACAGAACCUGAAGAACAGGGCUGGUGUAAAACUGCUGGCAGAUCAGCCAAUCAAACCUCAGUAGUACAAUGCUGCCCCCUGCAAGAAGUGCUGUUUGAUAAUCAGGUGUGUCUAACAGGAAGAGUGAAGUAAAGUUUCUCACAGGUAAAGCUUUAGUUACAUCGUGGACCUUUUAAAAUGAUUCUAAUGUAUGUUUUCCAGAAAGUAAUGAAUUUCAGAAAAAAAUGUAUUGGAGGGAAAAACAAUGCGAGACAGAAGAAGAACAGAGAUUUGAGAGGAGGUUAAAGAGGCUUUUUUACCUGCCGUUUGAGUAACAGCAGUAAGUGAAACUGAUGCUUAGGCUACUGGAUUUAGCAGAAGUCAUUACUGAGCUCAGAACAGACUGAGGCAGAAUGGCAUCUGGAUCUUCUCUCCUGGAAGAGGAGCUCUCCUGUCCUGUGUGCACUGAAAUCUUCAGGGAUCCUGUUCUCCUGAGUUGCAGUCACAGCUUCUGUAAGGCCUGUCUGCAGCGGUACUGGGAACAGAAGGGAUCUCAGGAGUGUCCAGUUUGCAGGAGAAGAUCUUCUAUGGAUCAACCUCGCACUAACCUGUCUCUGAGGAAUAUCUGUGAGGCGUUCUUAAAGGAGAGAAGUCAGAGAGCUAAAGCAGGAUCUGAAGUGCUCUGUCUGCACAGUGAGAAACUCAAACUCUUCUGUUUGGAGGAUCAAAUACCCGUCUGUGUUAUCUGCCAAACUUCGAAAAACCAUGAAAACCACAAAAUGCGACCAGUUCAGGAGGUUGCAGAAGAGUAUAAGGAGAAACUAAGGACUGCACUGGCUCCACUGCAGGAGAAGCUUAAAGCCUUUAAUGCAGUGAAACUAGUCUGUGAUCAAACAGCAGAGCACAUCAAGAGCCAGGCCCAGCACACAGAGAGACAGAUAAAGAUGGAGUUUAAGAAACUUCAGCAGUUCCUAAAAGAUGAAGAGACUGCCAGCAUCACUGCACUGAGGGAGGAAGAGGAACAGAAGAGUCAGAUGAUGAAGGGGAAGAUUGAGAAGAUGACAGAAGUGAUAUCAUCCCUUUCAGAACAAAUCAGAGCCAUAGAACAGGAGCUGGGGGCUGAAGACAUCUCAUUCCUGCAGAGCUACAAAGAUGUGGAGAAACGAGCCCAGUGCACACUGGCAAAUCCAAAGAGGGUCUCAGGAGCACUGAUUGAUGUGGCCAAGCACCUCGGCAAUCUGAAGUACAGAGUGUGGGAGAAGAUGCUGGGGACUGUUCAAUACACUCCUGUGACUCUGGACCCAAACACAGCAGAUCCCAACCUCUCACUGUCUGAGGAUCUGACCAGUGUGAGACGCAGUGGUGAGAGACAGCAGGUUCCUGAUAAUCCAGAGAGAUUUGAUGGGUUGCAGUGGUGUGUGCUGGGCUCUGAGGGAUUCAGCUCAGGGAGACACUGCUGGGAUGUAGAUGUGGGAGAUGAAGGUUACUGGGCGGUGGGUGUGGCUAAAGAGUCCUUCAGCAGGAAAGGAGAUGUGCAUCUGAGCCCAGCAGGAGGAGUGUGGGCUAUACGGCAGGUCUUUCAGCGUUAUGAAGCCCUGACCUCCUCAGUCCCUACAGACCUCACUGUGCGGAGGGAACCCCAGAGGGUCAGAGUGCAGCUGGACUGGGACAGGGGGGAGGUGUCAUUCUCUGACCCCAGUGACAACACUCCUCUCUACACUUUUAAACACUCCUUCACUGAGAGAGUGUUUCCAUUCUUCUUGCCUGGUCCUUUGCAGAUCUGUCCACUGAAGGUGUCUGUAAGAAGCUACAAAGACGUGGAGAAACGAGCCCAGUGCACACUGGGUAAUUCAGAGAAGGUCUCAGGAGCGUUGAUUGAUGUGGCCAAGCACGUGGGCAAUCUGAAGUACAGAGUGUGGGAGAAGAUGCUGGGGACUGUUCAAUACACUCCUGUGACUCUGGAUCCAAACACAGCACAUCCCAAACUCUCACUGUCUGAGGAUCUGACCAGUGUGAGACGCAGUGAUGAGAGACAGCAGGUUCCUGAUAAUCCAGAGAGAUUUGAUUGGUGGCCGUUUGUGCUGGGCUCUGAGGGAUUCAGCUCAGGGAGACACAGCUGGGAUGUAGAUGUGGGGGAUGAGGCCUGGGUGGUGGGUGUGGCUAAAGAGUCCACCAGCAGGAAAGGGGAUGUGGAUCCGAGCCCAGCAGAAGGAGUGUGGGGUAUAUGGCAGCACGAUGGGGAAUACACAGCCUGGACCUCCCCACCUAAAGCCCUCACUGUGCGGAGGAAACCCCAGAGGGUCAGAGUGCAGCUGGACUGGGAUAGGGGGAAGGUGUCAUUCUCUGAUCCCAGUAACAACACUCCUCUCUACACCUUUAAACACUCCUUCACUGAGAGAGUGUUUCCAUUGUUCUGGCCUGGUCCUCUGCAGAUCUGUCCACUGAAGGUGUCUGUAAAAGUGGAAUAGUGCUGUGGUUUGUGGGCAAGGAUCAGGUGAACAGACUGCUUCUUUCAUUUUGAUUAAUGAGAUAAAAAUAUCUAUUACGAUGUUUUAUUUAAUUAUUUAAAUAAUAAAGAUCCAUGUCUGCAGUAGUUCAUGAUAAAUGUAACUUUGUAACCUCAUGAUGUCAAUGUUGGAACUGGUUUGUGUGUAAUAAGUUGAAUUGUAAUAAAUGCACUAGU